AUGCCGGACACGCGUAACAACAACUAUUCGCUGAAGGAGUAUGCCGAGGCGCAGCGAGUGCUCGGCUCGUGUAUGCCCGAAUUCAAGAAACUCAGGGCGGAGGUGAAUCGUCGAUGGUUACUGCCAAAGCAGCUAACGUACAUACAUUUACGGGCCAAGACAGGCUUCUACGAUGAUGAUGAUGCUGCUGCUGCUGCUGCUGCUGCUGAUGCUGAUGAUGAUGAUGAUGAUGAAGGGAAUUCAUCCAAUAACCAGCUUCGGUUCCGAUAUGUUUUUAUGGAUAUUAUGGGCAGACAUGAUUGGACAUUACGCAUCACCAAUUACGCUCGAGAUGUUGAUAUUUGCAGACUAGUCCCAGCCGAAAUAUCAGGUUUUUCGUACAAGGAGGAGGAACUACAAGAAACCCAUCGAAUUCGGGAUCCCAAUGUAUUUUUCAAAGGAUUCGUCGACCAUUUGACAGCCGCUUCCCCCUCCGUCAAAUCAUUUCUCAUCAAUUUCGAUGGUUUGGCGACAGACCCAUCAUGGAUUCGAUAUCGCGGGCAGACAGCAGAAGCAGAUAUUACCCGGAUCAUCCGUUCAAUGGUUGCCAUCAAUGAUAUGUAUAUUGCGGAGGCCACGCAUUCGUAUCUCCAAAGAAUCCAGGCAAAUAUCCGAUGUGCUGUCGAUCGGUUGAAAGUCCGCUGCUUUGACGGUCUGAGUGAAGUAGUGCGUUGUCGAAGAUGCAGAAUGAAAUCGGAAAGAGCAAUCGGAUGGAAAUGUAAAAGUUGUACAUCAAUGUGGAAUUUGGAAUGGAUGAAUGGGAUAAUUGGAAGUGCUGGUCGACAAAACAAAUACGUUUGCCUCACCACUCGUCAACGGGACCAUCCCACAAUAUUCAAGCUGAUUGAUCUUGCAUUCUGUCCAUCAAGAAUGCAGAAAAGAGGAAUGCUAUACAGCAUCAGUUUAAUUAAACAACCAACUGAAGAGGCUCAGCAACAGCAUCCGUUUAUUGCCCACCUUUUCCUCCGAGAAUUCAAAAGACGAGUGGAGAAUGUUGAGAAUGGAAUCUUCGUCUUUCUUGAUCAAUCAUUUGAUGAUACUCGCUGGCUAAGAGAGCACGUCGAAAAAGCGACAACAUUUGAUGAAGGAUGCUGGAUAUUCUUCCGACUAUCCGUUCCUAAUAAAGAUUUUAUUGGGUGUUUGGUACUCGGCCCGGCAACACACGUCACUAUAAGUCUAAUCGAUCGA